UACAGUCUCGCAAAAUAAAAAAAUAAAAGGAAAAAUCAAACCGAGGGAAUUCUUUGAGAGAAAAUGUCAGGGAGAGGAAAGGGAGGGAAGGGAUUGGGAAAGGGAGGAGCCAAGAGGCAUCGGAAGGUUCUUCGUGAUAACAUUCAGGGCAUCACCAAGCCUGCCAUACGUCGUCUAGCUAGACGUGGUGGAGUCAAGCGUAUCAGUGGUCUUAUCUACGAGGAGACCAGGGGCGUUCUCAAGAUCUUCCUGGAGAAUGUGAUUCGUGAUGCCGUGACAUACACCGAGCACGCUCGCCGCAAGACUGUGACUGCUAUGGAUGUUGUGUAUGCUUUGAAGAGGCAGGGCCGCACACUAUACGGGUUCGGUGGUUAAAGGGAUAUUUGUUUUGUUGGUAGUGUAGAGUGGGUUAGGGUUAUCUUGUUUCAAAAUUUAUUAAGUUCAAAGUUGGAGUAAUCUAUGAAAUUCAGUGUUUAGAAUAAAUGAAUAUUUUACAAGUUUGCGAA